CACGGCCACACGUUGGCCGCUUCCCGGAGGACCGUGGCACCCUCCGUGCGCGCGAGAGAGGGGCAGCCCGGAGACGCUCAGCCCCGACCAAGCGCUGCUUGGAAGAGGAACUCCAUCUCCCUGAGCCCGCGGCCGUGCAGAGCCACCGGGUGCUGCCGAGCCCUCCGCAGGCAGCUCUGUCGCUGGCGGAGAUCGCAGAGCUGUGCCGGUGAUGUCCCCGCAAUACGAGUCCGAGUUUGGCGGGCUGUGGCCUCCAAGAUGGAUUUCCUCUGGAUCUGCCUCAUCCUGUUGGCAGUGGUGCUGCCCGAAGGCAGCCUGGCAGACCUGGAGAAGCAGAGGAUGGGCUCUGGAUUGGAAAUCUAUAAGAAGCUGUUUGAGGUGAAGCGCAAGGACCAGAUGAACGCCUUGAAGAACCUAAUCGAGCUCAAUGACAUCAACCAACAGUAUAAAAUCAUUGACAUCAUGCUCAAGGGACUCUUCAAAGUGCUGGAAGACUCCCGGGCUGUACUCAUAGCUGCAGAUGUGCUCCCAGAUGGGCCUUUCCCUCAAGAUGAGAAGCUGAAGGAUGCGUACUCCCAUGUGGUGGAGAACACAGCCUUCUUCGGGGACGUCGUGCUGCGCUUCCCCAAGAUUGUGCACCACUACUUCGACCGCAACUCCAACUGGAACAACCUGAUCCGUUGGGGCAUCGGCUUCUGCAACCUGACGGGCGUCUUUGAGCAGGGGCCCCACUCCCAGCUCCUGGGGCUGAUGGCUCAGGAGCUGGGCAUCAGUGAGAAGUCCCCCAAUUACCGCAAUCCCUUCAAAGCUGACCACUCUGAGUUCUUCCCCAGCGCUGACACCUUCCAGAAGGCGCUGCGUGAGGAGGAGAAGCGACGCCGGAAGGAGGAGAAGCGCAAGGAGAUCCGCAAGGGCCCGCGCAUCUCUCGCUCGCAGUCUGAGCUGUAGGCCCCGGUGGGCCGGGACCUGCAUCGAUGCAGCCGCUCCCACCCAUGGUUGGGCUGGGGUUGCCCUGUCAGCCGCUUCUGUGAGUUUCAGGGUGGAUUUUUGUUUUUCAGCUGAUGCGGCCCAGUGGUCCCACAGCCCCAAAGUGGGGCGAUCCCCGAGCAGCGGGCGCUGGGGCACCACACGUCAGAUGGGUGCAAAGCCGUGUGCUGGGGAUGGGGGCAUGCGUUGUUUUCUGGAAUAAAUCGGAACGGUUGUUAUUUUUUU